UCGUCUUUAUCCUAUUUCUCUAACAUGGGUGGAUUUGGAUUUGUGCAGAGUUGCUUCAAAUUGCCUGCUAGAAAUGAUGUGUUUCCUGAAGAAGAACAGCAAGAUGGUAAUGCAAAGAAGAUGAAGAGGAAGAGUAAGGAUUCAAGUCAUGACAAGAAAAAUGGGCCAAUUGUUGUAUCGAAGUUCCCUCUAGGAUCCAAUCUGAGUUGCUUCAAAUUGCCUGCUAGAAAUGAUGUGUUUCCUGAAGAAGAACAGCAAGAUGGUAAUGCAAAGAAGAUGAAGAGGAAGAGUAAGGAUUCAAGUCAUGACAAGAAAAAUGGGCCAAUUGUUGUAUCGAAGUUCCCUCUAGGAUCCAAUCUGAGUUGCUUCAAAUUGCCUGCUAGAAAUGAUGUGUUUCCUGAAGAAGAACAGCAAGAUGGUAAUGCAAAGAAGAUGAAGAGGAAGAGUAAGGAUUCAAGUCAUGACAAGAAAAAUGGGCCAAUUGUUGUAUCGAAGUUCCCUCUAGGAUCCAAUCUGGUGGGUGUAUAUGUCAAUUAGCCCUCUUCUAUUCUUGCUCUCUAUCACACUACACUUAGUUGGAGGAAGAGGUAUUGAAGACGUUUU